UCUUCACAACUUAGCAAUUGGCAAAGAAAAAGAUACCCGAACAGCUUCUUUUAUCUUUGCAUGUAGUGCAUAACAAUGAGUUCAAUCCAUGUCCUUCUGUUUUUAACUUUUGGGACAUUGGCAUCUCUUGUCAUGUCCCGAGCAAUCCAUGAAACCGCCGUUGUUGAACAAUAUGAGCAAUGGAUGGCCGAUUACGGUCGAAAAUAUGCUAGCAGCUCGGAGAAGGAGAGGCGUCUUGAUAUAUUUAAGGAGAACUUGGAAUAUAUUGAGAGCUUCAACAAUGACGGGAACAGGACUUUUAAGUUGGGGCUCAAUGAAUUUGCUGACAUGACACACGAUGAAUUCUUAGCGUCUUACACAGGAUACAACAUGCAAGACAACCUCACAGUGUCAACCUCAACAUCGUUUUUGAAUGAAAAGUUUUCGGAUGCUCCCACAAGCUUCGAUUGGAGGGACAAAGAUGCCGUCACUCCUGUUAAGAAUCAGGGCAGAUGCGGAUGUUGUUGGGCAUUCUCAGCAGUGGCAGCCGUUGAAGGGAUUAUCAAAAUCAAAAACGGUGAACUAAUCUCAUUAUCAGAGCAACAACUGUUGGAUUGCAGCACAGACGGAGGAAACCAGGGUUGCAAUGGAGGAUGGAUGAUGAGCGCUUUCAGUUACAUAAAAAAAAACCAAGGGAUAACCACAGAAGAAAGCUACCCAUACGAAGAAAUGCAAGAAACAUGCGACCUCGAGAAACAGACAACAAAAGCCGCCACCAUCAGUGAAUACCAAAUGGUGCCCGAAAACAAUGAAGAUGAACUGCUUAAGGCGGUCGCAAAUCAACCCGUGUCAGUCGCACUCGACGGCAGUGGGCCGGACUUUAAGUUUUACAACGGUGGAGUGUUUACGGGUGAAUGUAGCAGUAGGCUCACACAUGCAGUCACUAUUGUUGGAUAUGGAACGGAUGAGAGUGGUCUGAACUAUUGGGUGAUUAAGAAUUCAUGGGGAAACACGUGGGGUGAAAAUGGGUUUAUGAGAAUCCAAAGAGGUGCCGAUACACCGGGUGGCUUAUGUGGUAUCGCCAUGAAAGCUUCUUUUCCGGUUGCAUAACUCCACAUCUCUCUACCUGCAAAAUAAAAUUACUUGUACUACUAUCUAGUUUUAUUUUCAAGGAUCUUGAUAGCUAUGUUACCAUAGGUCCAUGAUCGACAUUUCCUCGUGUCUUGCCGUAUAUGGUUACACUUUGGUUAGCUUGUUAUUAAGGCAUAAUCGGCUAUAUAAGCCUCCUAU